CUUUAGCAACUUCCCCUGAAUAUUUGGCGGCCCAAAUAUAGGUGGCCCAAUGUUUGAUUAUAGGUUUGACAUUUCGGCCUCUCCGUAGUUUUGAAAUGUACAGUCAGCAACUAAACACUAUCCAUAGCGCGUCGAAAUUAAGCCAGAUAGCUAUUUAGCUCUAGUUCCUCUGGUCAUUGUUAGGAGGUUGGGAGAUCUUACGAGGUUGAAGUUAGAGCAACUAUAUCAUCUUUUGCGUAUUAGUGGAGGUGAGUAAAGGCUGAGAAAGCUUUUGUUUUCUGACGCUGUUAAUGUUAGCUAGCAACUAACUAAAGUUACGUUAGCAAACAGCGCCUGGUUCAUCAAAAUGGCCUAGGAAUUUUCAUAGUAUCUUCAUACCAGUUUAAUAGCAAGAAUUAGGUCACCUGAUAGCUAGCUUUGGCGUUAGCUGGUACCAUGCGAGAGAUCUGUGGUUAAAUACUGACACCUUAAACGUUUAAAUAUAUUACCAUCUCUUGCUACCUAGCUAGUUCUACUAUCAAGGACGCAAUGUCUUUGCCACCAACUGCUGAGAAAAUCGUGCUUAGCAGCACUUCAACAGUCCCUCUCCAUGAACGCUUCACCAUCAUGCUGAAGAGUCGACCUGACCAGGUGGCAGUGGAGGCCAACCUGCAGCAGAAGGAGGCCAGCUUCAGGAACAGAAAGCUGGUCCUGCAGAUGGAAGACAGACCAUCAGUACUGGUUGCCCUGCAGCAUAGGAGUUUGAAGCACCGUCUGGGAAAAGCCAAUGUGCUGGCCAGGCUGGGCCAGCCCAUGGGGGCCAUAUCGUGGAGGGGUGCUGGCAGACGGUUCUCCACGAGGGAACUGCCAGACACAUCCAGAGAAGGGUUCCGUUGGAGGAGGGUCAGAGAGGGUGCCUUUAAACCAGGCUUCAAUUUUAGAAGUGUGGGUCCGAGGCAUGGCUGGAACAGUGUUGCCAGAAAGAAGCUGCGUUCGGCGCUGAGGAUGCAGGGUGGUCUUGUGACCAGCUCUGGAGCGCUGUUAACCCAAGGAGCCUGGUACCAAAGAGGAAGAGGAAGAAGAGGAGUUGGUCUCAGUCUGGAUCAGACUGGCACAAGAGGGCAUGGUGUUUUUGGCACUGGGCAAGGUUUUGGAGACUGGGGAGGUUUCAACACCAGGGGAGCGUUCAACACCAGGGGAGCGUUCAACACCAGGGGAGGUUUUGGUACUAGGGGAAGCUCCGUCACGAGGGGAGGCUUUAGGGCCAGGGCAGCCUUUGGAGACAGGGGUCGUGGCACUUUCAGAGGACCCUUGGUCAUCACCAAAGAGCAGCUAGACAACGAGCUUGACGAGUACAUGUCCAUGUCUAAGAGCAAUCUGGAUGCACAGCUGGAUGAUUAUAUGUCUAUGGCCGGUUCCGACAAUAUUGGAUAUUAAAUGAAAAUUCUGAAGAUAAAUAAAAAAUGCAAUUUCUCAUGUAAGAGCUACAACUGUUUACAUUUGUUCGGGGAAUGUUUAGCAUGAUCAGUUUUUUUUCUGUUUACAAAACAGUUUGAAAUAGUUUGUUUUUGUGCAGGACAAUGGUAACUACGGUAAUGACAGGUUUGCCAGCAGUUUGAAUAUUUGUUUGUUUUUUUACAUUUUUUGAUACUGUACUAAGUUGCAAAAGUUUUUGAUACUGUUCUAAGUUUAAAAAAGGUUAAAUGUUAAAGGCUAAACUGUCAUCAAACCAGUCUAUAAAUGUUUUUGUGAAUCUAAAAAUGCAACAAAAAAAAAAGAGAUGUGCUUUAGUUGAUCAAGAAAAUGUUUGAUAUAAGGUUUCAUAUUGUUUUAACAUUUUAACAUGCAUGCAGUUUAACUAAAUAAAAACCUAAACAGAGUGGUUAUGCAACUUU